AUGAUUGCAGGGACAUCGGAGUUGAUAGUGGAAAAGAGAAUUCAGACCUCCUCCUGUUCCUUGGACGGUCAAGCCCUGCACCGCCCCCGCCCCCCACCUCUACUAGGUCAAGGCUUGACACGCCUUAGUCUGGUCUGGUGCAUCACUCUCCAGGACUCUCAGCUUCCAAGGGUCUCCUCUCGGGCGGGCGUGCAGGCUUCCUUCACCUUUCGUACCCACCCCCUACUUCCCUCCACCUCCCCCACCCCACCCCCGGCCGAGCGCGACCCAGGCCCCUCCCAAGCUCUGUAUCCAAGGGCCAGCUGCUCCCCGGGCCCCGCCUCUAGGGAUACCCCGGGAUCCCCGGACCCCUCGUCGGGGUCCUGGGCGUCCGGGCCUCUCAGUCCGGAGCCGCUCCGGCCCCUCUGGGCCCCUCAGCCUAGGACUUCCGGGGCCCUCGGUCCGGGGGCGCUGGGCCCCCCCAGCGCCCCGCUCGCCGGCGCCCGCCGCCCUCGGCCAGGGGCCGAGCCCGGGCGGCGCGGCCGGCCGCGCUGGGGGCGGCCCGGCUGCUCGGGCGGACCCAGCGGCAGCGUCCCCCCACCCCCCCGCGGCGCCGCGACGUCCGCUCGCUCCCCGGCGGCGGCGGCGGCACGCACAGGGCGUGGGGAGGCGCCCGCGGAGGCAGCAGCCCCCCGCCCCCUGCGCGCCCGCCCGCCCUCGCCGGCCGCCGCGCGGCCCCCGCGCCGAGCUUCAACACUUCCGGCCGCCGCCGCCGGCGAGCUGGCGCCUUAA